AAGGCGAAUUUGCUGACAGUGCAGGAGUAGCAGCGCAGUUUAAUCAGCCCAGCUGAAGAAAAGUUAUGUGUAGUCGCUAUAAUGGCGCUGGAACUUUUCCACAAGGAACACACUUUGACAAUGCGCAAAAAGCUGAUUGGGCAGUCAUGCAGACUCUUUUUCUCUCAUGACCCAGUGAAAAUAGUGAGAGCACAAGGACAGUAUUUAUAUGAUGAGAACGGGACACAGUACUUAGACUGCAUUAGCAAUGUGCAGCACGUGGGUCACUGUCACCCCAGCAUCACUCAGGCAGCAGCAAAGCAAAUGGAGGUGCUUAAUGCAAACACCAGGUUUCUCCAUGAUAAUAUAAUCCAGUACGCUGAACGCCUCACAGCCACUCUACCCAAGAAGCUAUGCGUCUUCUACUUCGUCAACUCAGGCUCAGAAGCGAAUGAUCUCGCCUUGCGGCUGGCCCGUCAGUACACCCAACACGAGGAUGUUAUAGUUCUAGACCAUGCAUAUCAUGGCCAUCUUACCAGUCUUAUUGACAUAAGUCCUUACAAGUUCCGGAAGCUGGCAGGCCAAAAAGAGUGGGUUCAUGUGGCACCAAUCCCUGAUACCUACAGAGGUCUUUACCGUGCAGAUCAUCCCAACCCAGCAGAAGCCUAUGCAGAUACUGUGAAGAGUCUUAUUGAUGAAGUACAUAAGAGAGGACGCAAGAUUUCGUCUUUCUUUGUAGAGUCCUUACCCAGCGUUGCUGGACAGAUCAUGUUGCCACCUGGAUACUUUCAAAAAGUUGCACAGUAUAUCCGGGCUGCAGGAGGCGUUUUUGUAGCUGAUGAAAUUCAGACUGGCUUUGGCCGUGUAGGAAGCCACUUCUGGGCUUUUCAGCUCCAAGGCGAAGACUUCUGCCCUGACAUUGUGACUAUGGGCAAACCAAUGGGCAAUGGGCAUCCUUUGGCAUGUGUGGUUACCACAGAGGAGAUAGCUGGUGCCUUUACGGCCAAUGGCGUUGAAUAUUUCAACACUUUUGGAGGAAACCCAGUGUCCUGUGCAAUUGGCCUCGCAGUACUAGAUGUGAUUGAGAAAGAGGACCUGAGAAGUAAUGCAGUCCGUGUUGGAAAUCAUUUGAUGAAGCUCCUUCGAGAGCUCCAGGCUAAACACCCAAUUAUUGGAGAUGUACGUGGUGUAGGACUCUUUUUGGGCUUUGAACUGGUUAAAGACAGAGUAGAUUUAUCACCAGCAACAGAAGAAGCAGCACUGCUUGUUAGGAGGCUGAAAGAGAAACAUAUAUGCUUGAGCACAGAUGGACCAUGGGAGAACGUCAUCAAAUUUAAACCUCCCAUGUGUUUCAGCAUGCAGGAUGCUGAAAGGGUCACUGAACAAAUUGAUCACAUUCUCACGGAAAUUGAAGACCUGGACAACAGAAACAAACAAGAGAAAUGAACAAACAGAGGAUAUAUAAGAAGAAUCAAGGAAACACACUAACCAAAUGAAAACUGAAAUACUUAAAGAGAAAACACUUGUUUACUAUAUACACAUAUAAAUCUAAACAUCAUUUAUAAUAUACAUAAAA